ACCAGAAAUGCCUAGGCUAGAAUUGAGUGAAGCAGCAAAAAUCGAUGAUAUCCUUGCAAAGUGCAUUGUUACAAGCAGCAAGUUGGAUCAAGGUCAGCUGGGCAGUACCAUAGCCAUGGGGGAUGAAUAUUGCCCUGCACCUCCUUUCAAUAUAGGGCUUGAUGAAAUUUUUGGACCAAGCAUGGUUGAAGAUUUGGCAAGGCCUGCAGGGAUGUUUGAUGACUGUUGCCAACAAAAUGGUUAUGAGUUGCAGUCUGUUGAUAUUCCGGGAACAAGCAUCGAUGAAGGCGUGUUGGGAGUUGAACUGUCAAAGCAAAUCAUCGGGGCAAGCAGUGGCAAUCUUGACAUGUGUCCUGAAGCAAAGGGGAAAACACCCGCGGUCAUCGAAAUCCCUGAUGAAGGUGUGUUGGAAGUUCAACUGUCACAACAAAUCAAUAGUGCAAGCAGAAGCAUUGUUCACAUGUACCUGGAAGCAAAGGAAAAAACAUCCAUGGUCAUCGAAAUCCCUGAUGAUGAUUUGCUUUGGGACUUAGAAGAAAUUGACUUAGCGUGUGAAGAAGCAGAGAAAAGGGCUCAAGGCAGAAGGACACAGUAUAGCACGGAGAACUUAUCACCUACCAACUUCCAAACGCCAGAGAAAACAUGUGGGAAGGAUGGAUAAGUUGGUUCCAGUAGCAGCUCAGGAGAAAUCAUGAACAAAUUUGAGAGACGCAUCAUCAAGCCACCAGCAUGCAAGAGGUCACCUUUUGUGGAUUACAACGAGAAUAGGCUUUCUAACUGCACCCCAGCAGUAAACAGGUUGUAUGCUGCAGUCCUUCUACACGCAAGAUUGAGUGAGGAGGAGUCUGGACCUGAAGACAUGAGCCCUACUAUUGUUGAUUACGGCGGUUACCAUGUUUCACUCAGAGAACUCGCUGGCUCAAUGAAAAAGACCGGUCAUGUCAAGUCGCACGUGUUCGAACUAAUUAUCGACGCUAUAAUGCGGGACUUGCCUGCAAAUUCCAAGAAGAUAAUCAUGCCCGUCAGAUUUUUGAUAAGGCUGCAGCAAAUGAUUUGGAACACUCAAGAGAUAAAUGCCAGAUUCAACAAAUCAAAUCACUUGGAUCGGAAGGAUAUGAUCAUGUUCCCUAUUCUAGAGAACUUAGACAGAGCAAAUCUUGUAUCAGCGAACCACUACUGGCUUUUCAAUGUCAAUAUUAGGGACCGCAGGUUCGAGGUGUUCGAUUCAUGGAGGAGCCUGGCACAGAGCAAAACUCUUGACGACAACGCUAGAUUGAUUGCUGUAACAGUGCGUUCAUUGUGGGACCAACACUACCAUGAAUCACGCGUAAGCUUGGAUGAUUUUCGCUUGAAGGAAAUUGAUGUUCCAAAACAAGAUAAUGAUUAUGAUUGCGGCAUUUUCACUUCGACAAUAGCGAGUGUGUGGAAAGCAAGGAACUUGCCAAACUUCGGUCCGAAAGACAUCCCCAACAUCAGGAAGAACAUCACGAGUUCUUUAAUUAACACAGUUGCCAAGAAAGCACCAUGGCAGGCUAUUUUGAAGCUUUGACUUGGUACAGGUUUGUCACACAGCACCAUAUAUUUCUUUAGCAUUAAUAAGAUAGCUUGUAGUACCUUUUUAAAAAAAUUACACUGUCAAGUUAUUGUCCAACUUAUUGUCUUGAAAAAAGAAGGAAUCAAAGACCCAAACACCAAGACAGGAAUUAGUACAAAGGUCACAAAAAUUAAAUAUUACAUCUCAUACGGCACAAGAGUUGCCUGACAUCCAAGCUUAAAUUG